AUUUGACAAAUGACAACUGACAUAAGCGACGGCAUUAUGGCAUAGAAUAAGGUAACCUUUAAAAAGCGUGUUUAAUUUGACUGAAAAUGAUUAGAAUUUACCAAAGAAACGUGUGCUUACACGUUAAAGGCUUAAUCAAACCAACAUUAUUCAAAGAUACAUGUCUAAAACCUACAAUUAUUGGGAUUCAUCAAAGUAACUUUUCAAGGCAAUUUGCGAGCAGAGAAAAACAAGAAAAUAAGCUAGAAAGAGUAUAUUAUGGACCACUGACGCCACAAAUAAGAGCUGUAAAAAUAUUUUCAGUAACUUCAAGUGCAGCAGGUCUAGCAGCUCAACCGUUCAUCCUACGCGAAGCGAGCGCUAUAGGCAGCACACCCCUUCUAGUAGCGUUAUGUUCAGUUGUUGGAUUUUUUACAUUUGUUACUCCUCUAUUACUACAUUUCAUAACGAAGAAAUAUGUAACGGAAAUUCACUAUGAUCCCGAAACUUUAACUUAUAAAGCAACAACUAUUAAUUUCUUUAUAGCACCUGUACAAUUAGACUUCAAAGUAGAAGAUGUUGUUGUGCCAGAUAUUCCUGGAAUGUUCACAACAAUGUUUGCUAAAGGAAAACCACUUUUUAUUGAAGCCAGACACUUUACAGACCCACUUCAUUAUGCAAAAAUAAUGGGUUAUGACAAACCAUUAGAUUUUAAACUUGGUGAAAACAAGGAUGAUGAAGACACUAAGAAUAGUUGAAAUUUGUUAUUGAAAUAGUUGAUAAAAAAUAAUAUAGUAUAGUUUUAAUUUA